AUGUCUACUUACCUCGUCACCCAAGCCACAGGCCAACAAAGCCAAUGGGUCAUUAAACACCUCCUCAAAGCUGGCCACAAGAUCCACGCCGUCGUCCGCAACAUCGAAAAGGUCCCAACUCUGCUGAACGACUCCAACAUCACCCUCUUUCAGGGAGAAAGCAAGAACUUUGAUGAUGUAUUCAAUGCUGCUCGGGGCUGCGAAGCCGCUUUUCUCAACACUGUUUCCUUCCCUGGUCUCGAGCUUCUUCAGGCUAAGACAAUUGUUGAAGCUUGUGAGAAAGCUGGCGUCAAGAAUCUCGUUGCCGCUACCGUCAUUUGUGCGGAUAGGAAGGACAUAUGGGAAAAUGAAGGUGUAAAGGCUGUUCCUCAUCUUCAUGGUUACUAUACCUCCAAAUAUGAAGUUGAGAGUAUUGUUCGUGCAGGGAAAUUCGAAUCAUACACUAUUCUUCGGCCCGCGCUCAUCCACUACGACUUUUUUAUUCCAGGCGUCUACAAUAACUUUCCCCGUCUCCCUACAGAAGGGGAAAUAGAUGAUCUCUUCACCGGCGGUGCCAAGUUCCCUUACACUGACGCUCACGACGUGGGAAAGUAUGCUGCUGCGGCCUUACAGGAUCACACCAGGUUCCGAAACCAGGAAAUUGAUCUUGGAAAUGAACUGCUUGACUUUGAGCAGGUUCGUGAUAUUCUGGUCAAGGUCAGCGGUGGAGACGUUGGUGUUGUGAAGCGCACUUUUGAAGAGGUAGAGAAGUUGGGUAUCAGUGUUCAUGGCCACAUGUUUCAGUAUUUUGCCAACAUGAAGCCUUUUGGCUUUAUUGAGGGGCAAGCCAAACAGAUCCAGGACAAAUUCGGCAUUCCUUUUACCUCGCUUGAAGGCGCGUUGCGAAGGGACAAGGUUAGGCUGAUGGAGUGUAUUCCAGCCAAGAAGGAGGUUCAAUGA